AUGUCUGACCCAAACAUCCAAACGCUCGACUCCAAAGCCGCAUAUCUAAAAGCCGUAAUGUACGAAGGCGUAACCGUCCUCGAAGGCACCGCCACUUGGUGCGCACAAUGCAAAGCCAUAGCUCCGGAAGUCCAAAAGAUGGUCACUGAAUACCCAAAUGUUCACUUCUACACAUACGAUGUGGAAGAGACGGAGGAUAUAGCACAAGAGCUGGGUGUCAGCCAGAUGCCGACUUUCAGUAUCUUCAAAGACGGUGAUAUUCAAGAGGGCGUGACGGGGGCUAGACCAAAAGAGCUGAGAAAGGCUAUUGAGGCGAAUUUGUGA